GGAUUCCCCGCCACAUCAUCAUCAGCAAAGCCACCUCAGGAGAGCCAUGGCGAUGACCACUACUGCUGGUGCGCUGAGCUAUUCGAGUUGUGGUGGUAUAAAUUUCCCUAGCUCGCCAUUCACAUCCGUAGCCGUGAAGCCUUCCGCUCUCAGUUUCAGUUCCAAUUUCACCUUGGCCACUCCACUCCACUUCUCCACUGCUACUCGCCGUCCUUCCAGGACGACCCGUUGCAAGAAUUACCACCACCUCCUGUUAGGUUCGACCUCCCGUUCCUUCGAGCAAGCUCGCGUCGUUCCGGUUGCGGCUCGAGCAUCUAGUACCGGCGAAGAGACCAGUGAAGAGGCCAGCAUGGAGGGCUACUCGUACCCUGAGAGCAUUCCCACGACGGUGACUCGGCAAGUGAAGCUACCCGCCGGCGUUCGCGUCCGCGGCGUGCUGAAGCCCGCGUACCAGGAGAUUCUGACCCCAGAGGCGGUGGAGUUCGUCGUGGAUCUGGUCCGCACCUUCCGCCCGCGCGUCGACUACAUUCUGCGCUGCCGCGAGGAGACCCAGGCGCACUACGACGCGGGGGAGCUGCCCACGUUCGCUGCGUGCUCCAAGGCCAUCCGCGAGGGCGACUGGAAGUGCGCGCCCACCCCGCCCGUGCUGCUGGACCGCCGCGUGGAGAUCACGGGGCCCGUGGAGCGCAAGAUGGUGAUUAACGCGCUCAACUCCGGCGCCAAGAUGUUCAUGACGGACUUCGAGGAUUCGCUGGCGCCGACGUGGGACCGCAUCAUGGACGGGCACGUGAACCUGCGCGACGCGGUCAACGGCACGAUCUCGUUCGAGGACAAGGCGCGCCGCAAGACGUACAAGCUCAACGACAAGACCGCCGUCAUGCUCGUGCGCCCGCGCGGCUGGCACCUCAAAGAGGCGCAUUUCGAGGUGGACGGCCAGCCCGUGCCCGGGUGCCUGAUGGACUUCGGCCUCUACUACUUCCACAACCAGGCCAAGUUCCGCGCGACUCACGGCGGCGCAGGCCCCUUCUUCUACCUGCCCAAAAUGCAGCACUCGCGCGAGGCGGCCCUCUGGAACGCGGUCUUCGAGCACGCGCAGGACCGCGUGGGCGUGCCACGUGGCACGAUCAAGGCGACGGUGCUGAUCGAGACGCUCCCGGCCGUGUUCCAGAUGCACGAGAUUCUCUACGAGCUGCGGCAGCAUUCGGCCGGGCUUAACUGCGGCAGGUGGGACUACAUCUUCAGCUUCAUCAAAACCUUCCGGGCGCAUCCGGACCGGCUCCUCCCGGACCGGCACCAGGUGGGGAUGACUCAGCAUUUUUUGAAGAGCUACACGGAGCUGCUGAUUCAGACGUGCCACAAGCGCGGUGUGCACGCGAUGGGCGGCAUGGCGGCGCAGAUCCCGAUUAAGGACGACCCCGCGGCGAACGAGGCCGCGUUCGCGAAGGUCCGCGCGGACAAGCAGCGGGAGGUGGCGGCCGGGCACGAUGGCACGUGGGCGGCGCACCCCGGGCUCGUGCCGCUGGUCCUAGAGGUGUUCGACCGUGGCAUGCCGCGCCCCAACCAGCUGGAGCGCAUGCGCGAGGACGUCAAGGUCACCGCAGAGGACCUGGUCGCCAUGCCCACGGGGACCAAGUCCCUCGACGGGCUGCGUGUGAACACACGCGUGGGGAUUCAGUACAUCGAGGCAUGGAUGACCGGGUCCGGAUCCGUCCCGCUCUACCACCUCAUGGAGGACGCCGCGACGGCUGAGAUCAGCCGCGUGCAGAACUGGCAGUGGCUGCGGUACGGAGCGGUGCUGGACGGUGAGCUGGUCCCGGUGAAGGUGACCAAGGAGCUGUUCAGUCAGGUGGUCCAGGAGGAGGUGCAGCGCAUUCAGCAGGAGGUCGGGCCUAAGAGAUUCGCCGCUGGGAGGUUCCAGGAAGCGGCGGCACUGUUUGCGAGCCAGUGCCUGGCGCCGACCCUGGGGGAUUUCCUGACCUUGGACGCGUACCCUUACAUCACUCAGCUGGUGCCUGAGGCGCGGCUGUAAGCCAGCUGCUUUCAACUGCAGCUUCUGCGCUGGUCUCCGCCAGUGCCUGCCUCCGCCACUUGCGCAGACUCAGCUUUCUGAUCCUGAUGCCUGCCUGCCUGUCCCAAUGCCUGCUGCAUUGUGCAUAUCAUACCAGAGUCUCUUUCUUCCACCCUGAAGGAUGUCCACAAGUAGAAGUGUGUCUUAGCGGUAGUUUUGGUAUUUCUCGCCCCCCUCCUUGCUGCUGCCCUUGUCACCUCUCCUUUGCCCCCAGAUUAUCCUAUGUGGUUGCUCUGUGGUUGCUUCCCCUCGCUUGUACGCUGUAUAUGGUAGUGGUUUUUUUCCCCAACCAAUUUGAUGCCCAUGUAGCACAAAAAGGCAUUUUGCAGAGUGUUUUGUCGUGUUUAGGCACAA